GCAGACCUGCCAACGCGGUCUCCCUAAUGUCUCAGCCGUCUGAGCCUGAUCCUGCAUCCGUGUGGAAUUGCGGGGCCUGCACCUACUCCAACAGCAGCCUGUUGCCGUACUGCGAGAUGUGUGAGUGCCCGCGCUCUACCUCUGCUGUCAGCUCAGAGCCACCCAGGCCUCAGCUACCCCCUGCAACCCAGAGGGACCAGGCUUGUGUCGUUCUCUCCAGCUCCGACAGUGAGCCAGAGCUCAGCUGGGGAAAAGCCCGGCCUCAGAAAUCACGCAAAGGCAAACAGAGCAAAGAGGGGGAGAUGGAGGAGAAGGAGGCUGAGCCUCCCAAAGACAAACAGAGAGUGGGAGAAGCAGAGGAAGAGGACAAGCGGUGGCUCAAAGGCAAACAAUCAGUGGGAGAGAGAGGCGACGUCGACGCUAGCGGUGGUGGCUGCCUCCCCCCUGACCGCACACAGGACUGCGGAGCUCUGCCGUGUUUGUCUUCUGCGGCUGAUGCUAAUGAUGAUGAUGGGGGCAAUGGUGGCGAGGACGCCAACAACGCCCAUCCCUUCUACCCAGGCCUGCAGUUCUGCGCCAGCCGGUACACAGACCGAAUAUAUCUUUACUCCAAGGACGGAGCUUCGCUGAACUUGAGUUUCAUCCCAUUGGACAUCAAGCUAACCAACUGGGAUGACCUGCCCGAGGCCUUCAGCCGGCGCAGGGAAAAUCGAAUACAGGUGCUGAGCUUUGUUAUGGAGUGGAGCGGCCUGCCAGCCAUGAAGCAGAAACUGCUUCGACGCAGCGGUCUUCUCUUCCACAGCCCUACCCUGGGCUUGCAGCAGCUGUCCGCCGCCCAGCGCCCUCACUCGAGCACCAAGAGGUACCUCGGUCGUGACGACGUGGCCGAGGCGUCUCUGAGCAAAGCCCAGGAGGAGGGAGGCAGCGUCCGACUGGUCACAAAGGAGAACUUCUUCACAAAGAGGAGGUCUGCCUCUUCGCUAACACCACCUGCUACACAGAGCAGGCAGGACAAUCAGUCCUGUAGGACAUCAGAUGCACAGUCAUCAACAGAGUCCAGCUACCUGCAGGCUGUGGACAGUCAGGGUGUCCCUCUGUGUCUCUCCUGCCAGCAGCCCUGCUCUACCACAGGUGGAGCGUGGGACACUCGAUUCUGCAGCCACAGGUGUCAGGAGGAGUUCCAGUUGCGCUCCAGCCAGACUUACAUGCGGUCUCAGGUGUUGGAGGCAGAGCGCGGCAUCUGUCAGCACUGCGGCCUCCACGCCCAUGACCUGUUCAUUAAGGUUCGUGAUGCUCCACCCUCCCAGCGAAAGGAGAUCCUGGAGAACACUUGGCUCACCCAGCUGCCACUCAAACAGCUGAACGAGAUGAUCCGAGCUCCUGUUGAAGGGGAUUUCUGGCAGGUUGACCACAUCCGUCCGGUCUACAGCGGAGGAGGCCAGUGCUCUCUGGAAAACCUGCAGACACUCUGCACUGUCUGCCACAAAGCUAGAACAGCUCAGCAAGCCAAAGAACGAAGCCAGAGCAGGAAGAGUGCUGCAGCUUCCAAGGUUUCGUCAGACAUCAGCAGGUUCUUCGUUCAGAAAGAAAACAAUUAGCUGGGACCUGUUACGCUUUCACUUAUUGUCAGUUAGGGAUAGAGCGAUCCAAUACUUGGAUCAGAUAGCCUGACACCAAAAGCUAGAUCAGACAUCCGUGACAGGGCUUAGCUAUGCUCUUCAGGUCUAUCAUGUUUUGUGUUUACUACCCCACGCAUCGGCAGCAAUCUGCUAACUUCCAGCAGUCAGCUAACAGCAAAGCAACAGUAGUUCAAAGUGUUUCGCUACAGCAACACCAGUUUGUCUUAAUAUGCGUACAAGUGAGUUGGCACGACUGAAGAGCUUCAGCGACAGCAGUUCGGUCUGUUUCUCUUUCUCUGUCAUUAUGUUUGGUUUAACACUUGUUUGGAAGCUUUUGCGUCACUCAUGGUAACUUAAAGGAAAUUAAAGGAGAAACUGUGACUAUAAAUUACAGCACUGUGCUGUAAUUAAUCCUACACAAGGUUGAAAUAACGCUAAU